AAAGGAGGAAUUGGCUUUGGGGGUGACAAGUGAGAUAUACCUGACAUGAAACCCUAACCACACUGGUAACCUUAUGUCUAACUCUAACCUUAAAUUAAGCUUAUUUAUGUUUUCAUUAAUUUUUACGAUAUAGCAGAGCCACGAAGUCAAAAUUGGCUAUAUGGUGGAAACCCCACCGUAGAGCCUUUAGAAUUGGUGUUUGAUGGAUCUGAACCAUGUGUGAAGCCUUCCCUAAUUUAUUUAAUACUAGAGUUUUUCUAAGGAUAUGGAAUAUUGGACAUUGGACAAUAUUGGACAUUGUCUAUUUCAAUUGGUUGGUCAAUGAUCAUACAGUACCAGUUAGAUACAACUCAAAAAUGACUUGUCCAUCAUACAGAACCUACCUAUACGGACUGUAGUUAUGGCAACAUACUACAACCAAUCCAAUCGCGCCAUAAAUCUUAACAGUAAUCUUCUUAAAGUCGCUGUCCUUAAAGCACCAUUAAAUGCGUAAUGCUGAUUGAAGGGAUGGAUACUUUGAGCGUUAACCCAGACUCUUCAUAUGGUUUUAGCAUCGCCUAAAUUUUACUUUAAAAAUUGUACUUUGUAUGGAAUGAGAACGUUUUGAAACAAUAUAUCGUUUAAUCCGAGAUUGACUAUGUUAUUCCGAGAAGAUUACCGCUUUCUCGGCGUGUUUUAUGCACCGGAUUUGAAAGGCAUAAUAAUCGGUUAGGCGCCACCCGUUAUUUCACUAAAGUUUAACGACCAAAAUACUGCCCUGGUAUGUUAUCUCUGUUGAGAUUGUUGUGUUUUUACGCACUGGGACUGGGCUAUGAGAAGUUUGUGCGUGGACAGGAUGACAAUCCGGAUACGGGAGCCCGGUUUCUAUGCCGAGCCAUCGCCGUUGGCGCUGACACUUGUUUGGUCCCCGUAGUUCCCGAACCAAACGCGGCAGCUCAGGAGGAAGUGUUGAGGAACACAGUCAUGCAGCUCCGUGAAACGGUUCUCCAACAGAAAGAGACGAUAGUCAACCAACUUGGGACCAUAAACGAGCUGACCACCAAGCUCUCCCUCUGCGAGUCAGCCUCCGAGGAAGGGAAGUAUGAUAGUGGUGGAUCUUGGAGUAAAAACAAAAAUAAUCAGAACACAAUGGGAGAUUUACCCAGAGAUCCCAAUGAUACAAUCGACAACCUCGGGAAGACCAUGCAGAGUCUGAAGGACCGACUGGAGAACCUAGAGCAGCAGCAGCGGAGAGCAAACAUGUCGGGAGCGUUGUUCCCCAGCGAGCUGCGAGACCUGCUGCAGCGCAGGCUGGGAGACCUGGAAAAACAGCUGCUCAGUAAGGUCAACAACCUGGAGGAAGAGAAGUCUCUGCUUUUCAACGAGACCACAGCCCACAGGCAGAAGACAGAGAGCACCCUCAACUCCCUGCUGACCAGGAUCAAUGAGCUGGAGAAAGGUGGCAGUGGGUUCAAGUCCCCCGAGCAGUUUAAGCUGGUCCUCCCCCUGCGUACUAACUACCUGUACGGCCGCAUGGCCAAGAGCCUUCCUGAGAUGUACUCUUUCACUCUGUGCAUGUGGCUGCGGUCCAGCACCGGCCCUGGCAUAGGAACCCCCUUCUCCUACGGGGUGCCAGGACAGGCCAAUGAGAUUGUGCUCAUGGAGUGGGGCAACAACCCCAUAGAGCUGCUCAUCAAUGACAAGGUGGCUCAGCUGCCUCUAUCGGUGCGUGAUGGGAGGUGGCACCACAUCUGUAUCACCUGGACCACCAGGGAUGGUCUGUGGGAAGCCUACCAGGAUGGUCAGAAGCUGGGGGCAGGGGACAACCUGGCCCCCUGGCACCGCAUCAAGCCUGGAGGAGCCAUCAUACUGGGGCAGGAACAGGACAUGGUGGGCGGGCGCUUUGACGCCACACAGGCCUUUGUGGGUGAGCUGAGCCAGGUUAACAUCUGGGACAAGGUCCUGAAGCCAGCCGAAAUCCUUACCAUGGCCAACUGUUCCUCCUACACCUCCGGGAACGUGGUGUCCUGGCUGGACAGUGAUGUGGAGGUGUUUGGAGGGGGAGCAGCCAAAUUUCCUCUAGAGAUAUGCCAGGACCGGCUGCCUGAGACUGAGUCUUAGGAUGGAUGUCUGUCCGUGGCGUGUUGAGAAUCAUGUUCUGGAUCUUGACGCCUACUGUACCUGCUACGUGUAAUGCUGGUCAUGUGUUUCGUUUGUCUGUGUAAGGAAAGGGUGAUCUACCUAAUUCCAGAUGAUUCUACUACACACAGAUCCAGUUUCACACACACACACACUGGCAAACAGACUUAAUGACACUGGCUUAGGCAUGCGUGUGGCAUUGGCGGUGUAAGGCACACAGAUUAGCCGUCCCAGGAAUCACAUAGAGUAACCUACGUCCCAGGACUCACAUAGAGUAACCUACGUCCCAGGACUCACAUAGAGUAACCUACGUCCCAGGACUCACAUACAGUAACCUACGUCCCAGGACUCACAUACAGUAACCCACGUCCCAGGACUCUCAUACAGUAACCCACAUCCCAGGACUCACAUACAGUAACCUACGUCCCAGGACUCACAUACAGUAACCCACGUCCCAGGACUCUCAUACAGUAACCCACAUCCCAGGACUCACAUACAGUAACCUACGUCCCAGGACUCACAUACAGUAACCCACAUCCCAGGACUCACAUACAGUAAUCUACAUCUCCUGAUGGAAGUCAUUAAAGCCUUUUCCACCUUGGGUGGAGAGCAGAUUUAGGAGAAUAUCCAAUCAAACAUCAGCCAGGUGACCGCUAUGUUGAAGGUUUUCAAUAACCUAGAGCAGAGAUGAGGGACUAGUUUUGAUCUUUGAGUUAGUGUUGGUAAACAUUCCAUAGUUAUGUGUGGCAUCAUGUCUGCUGUACUAUAAUGUUGAUAAGGUGUUAUUGUCCAUUAUUACCCAUACUGUUUUCAAUACCCCAAGUCCACCUCAAUGCCUGCAGCAGGAAAUGUUGUCUCACAAAACCGUUCUGUAAUUAUCCUCGUUAGGGACACGUUGGUUUGUUUAGGUCUACAAUGUCUGUGCAGUGGUAGUUUAAAAACAGAGUCAUUUAUAUGGGAGCAUUGUUACUGUUAAAUGUGGACAUAUCAUUUUUCAAGCAGAUAUGAACAAUACAUUCAUGUGUACGAGUGUCUCUUUCUGUGAAAACAAUGUUGGGUGUGUAAAGUUAUUUCAUUGAGAUACUUUGUUGACAAUGCUUACUUUUCAUGUGGCCUUUUGAAGAUGUUGUGCCAGAUGCACUUUACUAUGUUAACCAUUGCCAAAUUAACAAGAAUGUGGAAAAUUAAAAUAGGACAAAUAAAACAC